CAUAACUCUGCAUCGAAGAAACUCAUCCGUCAGUGGCAGCGUGGUCAAGUCUGACAAGUUAGCCUGACUGCUGCAACACCAAGUGGCGUCAUCCGUAAACUAUCCUACCUCCAAGUUACUGUACGGAUAUUUGAGCUUUGGGCGGAUUGUUUGGCAACAGUUCACUUCCCACUUCUAUGCCACACUACGCACAGAGCAACAGGCAUGCUACCAUCAGAAGUCAACCGUAGAGUUGAACUUUAGUAAGUUUAAAGUUGUUGUUUUUCUCUGUCAGUAUGGGUGACUCGGACGCGACUCUGAGAAGAAGGGCGACUUUCGCAGCAGGGUUAGGUGGAAGUAUGCAGCCGAUGAAUGGGAAGUCUGCAGCGGCGUCUCAGGGCUCACUGACCGCUGACUUUGGAAGAAAUAAUGGCCUGGGAAAACGAGACCGUAUGGUGGAAACAGCCCGGGCAAAAUCAAAGAGUGAGAAACAUAAACGCAGGAACGACAUAAGUGAGAGAAUGAGCUGUCAUAAAACACAGGAGUCCCUGCUGAGUUCAUCCAGUGGUUUCAGUAACUACAGAGGAAUCCUAAACUGGUGUGUGGUUAUGCUGGUUUUGAGUAAUGCUCGCCUCUUCUUAGAAAACCUGCUAAGGUACGGCAUUCUGGUGGACCCUAUUCAGGUGAUUUCCUUGUUUCUGAAGGAUCCCUACAGCUGGCCAGCAGCAUGCCUUGUUAUUGCCUCCAACCUGUUCAUUCUGGUGGCUCUCUACACAGAAAGGCAGCUAUCAAAGGGUUCCUUCACUGAACGUGUGGGAUUUCAGGUCCAUUGCAUUAACAUGGUAAACAUGCUAACAUUCCCUGCUGCAGUCGUCCUAUUGGUCCCCUCCGUGACCCCAGUUGGCGGUGUGUUCGUUGUUGGGACUCACACCAUCCUCUUCCUAAAGCUUUACUCCUAUAAAGACGUCAACAAGUGGUGCAGAGAGCUGAGCAGUGUCAAGGCAAAGAAACUGGUCAGGUCGCUGUCUUGUCCCUCAGCGCAGCACUUAAAUGGAGGCGACUGUAAGGUGUGUUACCCUGGUAACCUCACCAUCAGAGACAUGUACUACUUUGUCUUUGCUCCAACUCUGUGCUACGAGCUCAACUUCCCUCGCUCUCCUAAUAUCCGCAUGACUUUCCUGCUCAGGAGACUGUUUGAAAUGCUGUUCUUCAUGCAGAUGUUAGUUGGUCUCACUCAACAGUGGAUGAUUCCCAUCAUUGAAAGUUCCAUGAAGCCACUAGAGGACAUGGAUCUGACCAGGAUGACUGAGAGACUUCUAAGAUUAGCUGUUCCUAACCACUUGUUGUGGCUGAUGUUUUUCUACGGGUUCUUCCACUCGUCUAUGAACUUCUCCGCUGAGCUGCUGCGCUUUGGAGACAGACAGUUCUAUAAUGACUGGUGGAACUCGGAGACGGUGACAUAUUUCUGGCAGAACUGGAACAUCCCUGUUCACAAGUGGUGUCUACGCCACUUUUACAAGCCCCUGCUCAGGAGAGGAUUUAGUAAAAUGGUCAGCCAAUCAGCUGUCUUCUUCUUGUCAGCUUUCUUCCAUGAGUAUUUGGUGAGCAUUCCUCUCAGGAUGUUCAGACUUUGGGCCUUCACGGGCAUGAUGGCACAGAUUCCAUUAGCCUGGUGUGUUGGUCGCUACCUGCGUGGUAACUACGGCAACGCUGCAGUGUGGAUGUCAAUUAUCAUUGGUCAGCCUUUCGCCGUCCUGAUGUACGUCCACGACUUUUACGUCCUUCACUACAGACAGGAGGCUGACUGAUGUGCGCGCACACACACACACACACACACACACACACACACACACACACACACACACACACACACACACACACACACACACACACACACACACACACACACACACACACACACACACACACACACACACACACACACACACACACACACACACACACACACACACACACACACACACACACACACACACACACACACACACACACACACACACACACACACACACCUUUGUAUCUUCCUGCAAUUGGUGUUUUUUUCUUCCUGACAUAUUUUUUCAAGCUGACAGGAUCUAAGAAAAGCUUACAGUUGGAUUUUAUAUGUAUUUAAAGUGGAAAAUGUUAAAUGAAUCAUUGAAAACAGCACUGUUACGUAACUAGGUAGCAUAGGACAAGCUUCACGUCUCCAUGCAGUGACUGGUGCAACUUUUUACUCAGGUUAUUGUUCCUAGUGUCUUUUCGGUUGUAUAUGUGGUACUGCAGAGAACCUUUCCUUUAUUUUACCAGAGAGGGUUUGCUCCUCCUCAGCAGUGUGCUUGGACUGUGUAAUGUGGCUCAAUUGUCACGUUGACAACACAAUUCAGGUGCCUUUGUAAAAAAUGUGAAAGAGAUUAAUGUCCCACUACUUCCUUUUUGUGGGCAAAGGGGCCUUUAUGUCAGGUUUUACUGUGAGGUGGAAAAAUCUGUGUUUCAUGGUAUGAUUUUAAUAAUGUACAAUUAUAAUGUUUUGUAUAAUGCUUUACUUUGUUGGUUAUGAAAAGGCCAGCCAACUGCUUGUCUGUUUGUCCUUUUUUAUGCCUGAAGUGCAAUUUAUAUAAUACAGCGCACACACAUCACAUCAACAUUUGACAUAUAUUGAUUUAUUUUAGUUUGAAUGUGAUAUCAGUGAAUGAGUGUUUUUUUUUUUCAUGGUACUGGCUUAUGGACUUUUGCCAAGUAAUGAUAUCUAAUUAUGAAGCUAAAUAUAAUGAGUGUCUGAAAAUAAACAUACAAAGAUUUCCA